AUGAACGACACGCUGCGAGAACCAACUACACGAGCUGUGGGCGCUGAAAUUAUGCUGGCCUCAUUUCUGGGUUUAAUUAUCAAUUUUUAUAUGAUGUCCUAUUUUUCAAAACUGGAAAAAUCAGGAUUUUAUAUUUUGUGUCUAUCGAAAACGAUUUCAAAUUGUAUGAGCUUGUGUAUUUAUUUGUUCUAUGCGGGGCCAGUGAAUUUUUUCUACACUCAAAUUGGACCGUGUCUUUUAGACGCGUAUAUGAACCAGAUUCUGGGAUAUGGUCUACUUUUACAAGGUGAAUCUCCGAAUCUCAGAAUUCCAGAAUUUCAGAAUUUUAGAAUCUCAAAAUCUCAGAAUCUCAAAAUCUCAGAAUCUCAGAAUCUCAGAAUCUCAAAAUCUCAGAAUCUCAGAAUCUCAGAAUCUCAGAAUCUCAGAAUCUCACAAUCUCAAAAUCUCAGAAUCUCAAAAUCUCAGAAUCUCAAAAUCUCAAAAUCUCAGAAUCUCAGAAUCUCAGAAUCUCAGAAUCUCAGAAUCUCAGAAUCUCAGAAUCUCAGAAUCUCAGAAUCUCAGAAUCUCAGAAUCUCAGAAUCUCAGAAUCUCAGAAUCUCAGAAUCUCAGAAUCUCAGAAUCUCAGAAUCUCAGAAUCUCAGAAUCUCAGAAUCUCAGAAUCUCAGAAUCUCAGAAUCUCAGAAUCUCAGAAUCUCAGAAUCUCAGAAUCUCAGAAUCUCAGAAUCUAAAAUUUCAGGCCCAGCUACACAAUUCAUCAUCACCAUCAAUCGUUUCUACGUAAUUUGUUUCUCUCCAGUCAACAUUCCAGCCUACAGUAACCACAUUACUGUAGCAGCAAUCGCAGUAUCGUGGACUGCAAACGGCUGGUUUGGAACACUAAUUGGGCUGCCAACUGAUUGUCUUAUUUCUUUUGGAUUCGAGCAUCUAGACUGUAUAUGGUACUCUGAUUGUGGAGAUGUUGUGGGAUAUUACCAGAUAAUGAUCAUUUUUAUAUUAGCGAUCGCUAAUAACUCUAUGAACUUCCUAGUAGCGAUUAAACUGUUCUGUACUGCUAAGUCCCUCAUGAAAAUGUCCUCGGGUGCUGCGAAAAAUCGACGGAAACUUUCUAUCCGAUUUUUCAUCCAAUCUGUGGUCCAGGAUUGGAUUUGUGUGCUAGACUAUUUCAAUAGCUACUUUGCGAUGUCAAAAAUUUGUGAAGAAAUUUAUUGCAUUGUCUUCAUGACCAUGGGUUUCGAUGUGUUGGUUUAUGGAUUGGAUGGGUUGGUUAUGUAUCUGUUCAAUCGGAAUGUGGAGCAAAAAAGUGAGCGGAAUUCGAGACCGAAAGUUUCGGAUGGACCAACGUUAACCUAA